AUGAUCCUGAUGACUGCCUCGUUCCAUUCAUCAGGCUUGACGUGUGCGCCCGCCCUCGCAAGCGGACUGGGCAACAUGUCAGGGGCCAUCAACGCCCAGCUGACUGGGCUGCUGACCGAGGCCGGUUUUCUGCGUGAUUCUGCUGCCGCGACCGAGUUUGCCCAAUUUAUGAGCAACAUUUCGCCAGAAAAUGCCUUUGAGCAAGCAACAGCUCUUCACGUCCUCCGACUGACAGCUCAGUCGAACACGCCCGCAGCGAAAAGAGUGACGGCAAAUCCCACUUCAGCCACAGCAAACACACCUAGUCCGGCCACAACAACACCCGCCCCUGCGACUGCCAACACGCCGCCUAGCACCACCACCACUACAGCCUCUGCAUCACCGAGCCGCGUACGCUCCCUUGACUUGGCUGUUGACCGCUGUGCCUACUUGCCUGCCCCGUUUUUUUGCCGCGAAAAACCGUUCAAUGCCUCACCAUUGCAUAUGCCCGCGGCAUUUUUUGUGUUUAUUUUCCCCUUUAGCGGCGUUCCUCCGACGAUUCCCUUGAUUCAGGCGCAAGCAAUCCACCUCGCCGACCAAGCGUCGAGACCAAACCCGAAGUCGUCCCGCGCAUGUCUAACUCACUUUCAGAGCAACUCCUGGGCGGACAAGGCAAACGCACCACUCCUGUUCGACGGUAAAGCAGCAACGACCGGCGACUCAUUCCCAGACAGCCCCGUUUUGCCGCCACAGCUUAUUUCACUCAUCACACCAUGCCCUACAUCUGCAUCGCGCCACGACAGAGCAUCAAACACGCUGCCCAAGAAACGCGCCGUUCUGCAGGCACCGCAGACGCAACUGGUGGAGGAUGAAGGCUCGGAACGAAGUGUUUCGGAGCGUCUGCGAUUGCGUCGCCAGCAAGCAAGCACCGCCAGCCCUGGCAAUGCCUCGCCUGGUUCGGAGGACCCGAAUGACACGGCUUCCCAGUCAUCGGCACCGCCACCGGUGGCAACUACGACCGCGACGACUACCGUCUCAGCGCCUAGCUCGGCCCCCAUCGUGCCACCCCCUCGCCCAAAGAAACGGGUCAGGUUCCGUGAAGGCGAGGCAUUGCUUCAAGUGCGCUACUAUGAGCUUGAUGAAGCCGAGCGCACUGACAAAAAGACUCAUGGUAUGCUGUCGCCGCAAGAGCCCCAAAAUGAAGAUGACACCCGGCCCAACCCUUCCCACAAACCAUACACCAUUCCCUUGUACUUGCUGCCGACACCACCCGCCGAGCCGAACACUGCCAGUGGCGCUACCACCAGCAACGACAGCGCCCCACCUCCCCCUCCUUCUGCCCCACCACUGAUUCUAUCGGAAGAAGCCAUCAACCAGCUCCUGAUGCUGACUUCUCAGGUGGCCCCCAGCAUAAAAACGCCAACUACAAGUGUGCCCUCAAGCACCGCAUACCUGCCUCCUGCCAGCGCCGAGACACAUAUGCCCUCUUCAUCCAUGCGUGGUACCAGAGCCGAGUAUGAUUUUCCGACACCUGGUAGUAGUACACUCCCUCCACCGCCGCCAUCACACCCACCGCCAUCUAGUACAUCAUUCCUUCCGCCUGGCAGUGCUGCCCUGGCUCGCGAUUCGUACCCAUCCAGCGAAAGUCGCCAUUACUACCCCGCUCCAGAUCGGGACCGCGCAGGGCGAAGCACGGCAGACAUGUACUCCCCAAGUGAAACCACAUUUCAGCACCCACGUAGAGCUGACACUGGUUACAUGCCCCCGAGCUCUGCGGCUGCCUCGGCCAGCAACCGCUCGUAUGCUCAGCCCCAGCAAGGUCGCUAUGCCCCGCCUCAAACAAACGAUGUGGAUUUUCGAGCACCACGACGCCGCAUCGCUUGCCGGUUUUACAACACGCGGGGGGGCUGUCGUCGUGGCAAUGAGUGCCAGUUUCUGCACGAAACGCGAUGAACCCGUCAAAUCUGUUUGAGGCGCCAGCUUUUGCAGCGCUGCCCAAUCAGCCGUCAUAACCUUGAGUUGCUUUUUUAUUAAUCUUUUUUUUCUCGAGUCAUUCCGUUACCUGCUAACGCGUGAGAACAGUAUUUUGCCAUCCUUGGGUCCUCGCUGAGCGAAGACACCAAUGGGUGUGUAGCCUUGUUGGAGCGGAGAGGCUCGUUCCAACUCUAAAAGCCACGACCGGCGUUUUCUCUUGUUCGCGCUGCUGUUUGGUCGUUGGUUCUUUGUGUUUUGUUGCUUGCUUGUUUGCGAGAUGUCGAUCUCUGUCCAUUUGCGAGUCCUGGUCGGCGCUCCACUUUGCCCGACACCAUUAGCUGCCAAGGCUCUUGCCACUUUGUGUGCAAGCCCCAGAUCUCUAGAUUCCCACAACCGAUGCUAGAACUUGACUUUUGCUGCCUGCUUCCGUACAUCCUUUACUGCUGGUCUUACUCAUCCAGUGGGGCUCUUGCUCCUUCACAAAAGGCAGCAUGGAAUUGGAUGAGCUGACGAGAGGGGUCUGGGCGUGAAUUGAGACAAGACUUG